CAAUUUAAUACUCAUGUAACCUCGUUGACGCCCAAUCGCGUCGACCGGGUGUAUUAUAACCGUUGGCGGAAACAUCGACUAAUACUUGUUUAUUUGAAAUGAUUUGACUAGAUCUAUCAAAUUUUCUCAUGAUUGAAAGUUGAAAGGAGGAUUUAUACGUCCUAUCCUCCUCUACCUCCCCUCCGCUCAUGUCUCCCGCCUUGGCUUCGCAAUGUCGUCGAGCCGCCAACCGUCACAUACGUCCGCAAAACGAUAGCAUUUGGAUCCCGGAGGCUCUUCUCGCCGCCGCAUUCGAUCGUUACUGUGCGAAGUCAAGGACAACCGCUCGUUAUGGCUCCUCUGUUCCCGGUCCGAUGGAGAAUCGAAGGCGUAUGGGAAAAAGACACAUGGUAGAACUGAACCCAGGUCACUUACGCUCUGCCUCGCCGCUAUGGGGGCUUGAGAAUUUGGCAGACCUGACACAAUGGCGUUGGAAACCGCCAUCACCGCCUCGUACGCGACUUCGACAGCACCGAGACGAGAGCGCACAGGAACGGACCUUGGCAGGAGCCAUGCUGAACUGGUUUGCUGAGCCUUCCCAUGAUGGUAUCAUGCCAAAAGAAUGGGUUGCAGACAACUCAUUACCAAACAUUACUUGGGACGCUCAGACUACACCGACGCAAGUCAUCGAUACCGGGCUAAAUCUCAUCUUUCGGGAUUUAGAAUCUGAGGCAACAGCAGCAACAAGGCCAAAUUUUACAGAGUUCUGCCGUAGUUGGAAAGAUUACCUUGCCGGCGGCUUUUACUCUGGCGACGUUGUCUGCGCCGUAUUAGAUGGCAUCCAAGAGGGGGUUAAUACACCACGAGCAGGCCCUGGGCAGCCUUUGGAAUGGGCCGUUGAUCGAAUUAAGCUAGAUCUACUCGACGCAACUAUUGUAGGUCUUUCUAGCCACCGAGUACAAGAGCAUAGCUCUCUAGACGACUUUUUUUGGUGCGACUUAUUACAAAGAAUUUCAGAGUUGCGGAUUAAUAGCAUACGCAUCUUUACAAAAGCUAUGGAUCAUAUACCGGACGAUUACUUAAACGACGUAUCAACAGGGGUUCUAGCAAAUUUGCGUACCUACUUGAUUGCCUCAGGCCGUAGCUGGAAGCGUUCGGCUGUGAUCCGGCAAACUAAUAAAAUAGCCGAACCCUUAAGGAGACUUAACCUAGCCGAUCAUCUCCAUAUAUUAGAAAGCGGUACCCAUUAUUUGUUGAUGCAUAGGGAAUCGACAGACGUAUAUUUCCCCCGAAUGCGUCUGGGAUGGCUACAACUUUUAGCCCGGUUACCAAGCGUAGAUGACCGUUACCUUGUACAGACAGCUUGUAUUCUUGAAGCUGGCAAAGACACAAAGCCUCUUUCGAGGAGAGAGAUUUGCGAAAUGUAUCUGGUUAGGUGUGGUUCUUCGCUUAAGUAUCACGUAAAAUUCUACAAUGUGCUCCAGCGAACUCGAAGGAAGGACUCGACGUGCUACGGUUACUUUGGCAUGGCACUGUGGAAGACAGGCCAAUUUCGCCUUGCGAAAGGCCUUUACGAGUUCCUCAAUCAACUCGGCCGAGAGCAAGAUAUUAUGAACUUCGCGAAAGGGAUGCGAAUCCUUGCCAAGAGCCCGGCAACCCCCCUAGCUAAUAUUGCUAUUGGGAUGGGCGAUCCAGUCCUAGCCAUAGAAAUCUUAAGUCUCUAUAGAGAAAGUAGAGCGAGAGGCAAAAGAAAGGCCGACACUAAAAAUUUCUGGGACACUAACUUGUCUACCGAGACCUUGAAAACUCUGAUAGGAAACCGGUCAUCCAGGCAUUACAAAGUUUUAAGUGCUAUGCGGGUAAAGCGGCUACUGGAAGAGCAAAGGCAAAGGCAAAGGCAAAGACCUGUCAAGUUCAUCACGAGACGUAAGCUCGUGAAAGCGACCAAGGCAGCAACUAAAGCAGCAAUGGCAUUUGCUAUCUCACAGAAUAUCUCGCCUAGGCAAUCUUUUGCUUUUAUUUCACGGUGUAUCACCUACUUCCAAAGUAGACGCGGCACAGUAAUACCGAUGAUAGUCCUGCGAGCACUACUCCACAAUAUCACAAGGGACCUUGCAGAAGGGAACCCGGGUAGGAUUACCCGGUUGCGGUGGUUUUUGUCGUUAAUAGACAAGCAUGCCGGCCGCGAUAAGAUGUUGGAGAUUGGAUUGGCUCUGAGGCAAUGGAGAGUAAAGAAUGCCCGGCAUCGCCGUAGUAACACCGGAUGAGGCGCCGGCCGAAGCUGGGGUGGCUUGGAAAAGAAAAACACAAUUCCAGCUGUCUGGUAAACCGCUAGACGAUACCCAAAUAUGAUAUACAGAAUUACGACUUUUGGAUAUUAUGCGCGCGGUGUAUUGAUACACGCCGGGGUAUGUGACCAGCAUAUGUGACCAGCAUAUAUGGUCAAUAUAUGGGUACCUAUACCUACAUAGAGGGAAAAAUAGAAAUAAUACCUGUAUGACAAGCAGAAUGUCGUGCAAACUACGUAAUACAUUGCAGUAUCGACUGAUUCUGCCUGGGUUCGCUUGUUAAAACGUGAGGAAAGGAGGGUGGUGAUUGGUAUCUAUGACAGCUUAGAGUUUCUGUUAGAAAGAGUUGAGCUUGUUAUUACAUUACUAUCGGUUACACGGCAGCUAGGAUGCCUUGAGCAACACAGGCAUUAACGGACUUGGGCGUCAGCCUCUUACAGUGAGUGGUGUACCACAGUAGAUACCUUGAACACCGGGUUGGGCUGGUAACCAAUAUUCUCGAUAUGGUAAAGGGCUGAGAGAGUUAUAAGAGUGGGUAUAUAUAGUGCCUUACGCUAUCUAUGUACUAUGUAUAGAAAUUAUUCGGC